GUUACUUGGCGAAGAAGUGUGCGCGCUGCGCCGGGGGUUUUGUUCCUCUGCAGCCUCUGGACGGAGCCUGCCUUGCCUUGCCUUGCCUUGGCGGGGCUUGGGCUGGGCCAGUAUUCCUGCCGGCCUUGAGGCGGCCAAGGGAGCGAGGGCUCAGGGCCGGGCUCCCCAGAUGGUGGGGCUCAGUACAGCUCCUGGGAGCCUGAGGACCGCCGCCUUGGAGCCGGAGGAGGGCUGUGGAAAAGAUAACAAGUGGGCCGAGUUUGAUGCCUGCCUUGCCUGGCCUGGCCUGGCUUCGCAGACCGGACACCCUCCUUAAUGCGGGUUGAGGCCACAAUUUGGAAGGUGUAGACGGGCUGGUCACAUACCACAGAAUGCAUGUUUGACAUUUCCUUUAUUUCAAGCUGUAGACAAGGUAAUUUUGCAGAAUUUGAAAAUUAAGGAACAGAAGCAUUUCCACAGGAGGUUCACUGCCGCAUUGAACAGAUAACAAUGAAUCAUUAUUACAUUGCCUUUGUGUGGACUGUGCUUGCCACUGAACUGCUAAAGAGCCUCAGUACUACUGUCAAAUCUCCAAGGUUCAGAGGACGUGUGCAGGAGCGGAAAAAUAUUAGACCAAACAUUAUCCUGGUACUCACAGAUGACCAAGACGUGGAGCUAGGUUCUUUGCAAGUGAUGAAUAAAACCAGGAAGAUAAUGGAAAAUGGAGGUGCCACUUUUAUCAAUGCAUUUGUAACUACUCCAAUGUGCUGUCCAUCUCGUUCCUCAAUGUUAACUGGCAAAUAUGUUCACAACCACAAUAUCUAUACUAACAAUGAGAAUUGUUCUUCACCUUCCUGGCAAGCAACCCAUGAACCACGUACUUUUGCAGUAUAUCUCAACAACACUGGGUACAGGACUGCUUUUUUUGGCAAAUACCUCAAUGAAUACAAUGGCAGCUACAUCCCUCCUGGUUGGAGAGAAUGGGCAGGAUUAAUCAAGAAUUCUCGCUUCUAUAAUUACACUAUUUGUCGGAAUGGUCUCAAAGAGAAGCAUGGAUUUGAUUAUGCAAAGGACUAUUUCACAGAUUUAAUAACUAAUGACAGCAUUAAUUAUUUCAAAAUGUCUAAGAGGAUGUAUCCCCAUAGACCGAUAAUGAUGGUGAUCAGUCAUGCGGCCCCACAUGGUCCUGAAGACUCUGCACCACAGUUCUCCAAACUCUAUCCGAAUGCUUCCCAGCACAUAACUCCUAGUUACAACUAUGCACCAAAUAUGGAUAAGCAUUGGAUCAUGCAAUAUACAGGCCCUAUGCUUCCUAUUCACAUGGAAUUUACAAAUGUCUUACAACGGAAAAGACUUCAAACUCUCCUAUCUGUUGAUGAUUCCAUGGAAAGAUUAUAUCACAUGCUACUGGAAACUGGAGAGCUGGAGAAUACUUACAUUAUUUACACUGCUGACCACGGUUACCAUAUUGGGCAGUUUGGAUUGGUCAAGGGGAAGUCAAUGCCAUAUGACUUUGAUAUUCGUGUUCCUUUCUUUAUUCGUGGUCCAAGUAUAGAGCCGGGAUCAGUAGUAUCUCAAAUAGUGCUGAAUAUUGACCUUGCUCCAACAGUUCUGGAUAUUGCAGGACUUGACACACCUCCAGAUAUGGAUGGCAAAUCUAUUCUAAAACUUCUGGACCUUGAAAAACCAGGAAACAGGUUUCGAACAAGCAAAAAAACCAAAGUUUGGCGAGAUACAUUCCUUGUGGAAAGAGGCAAAUUUCUGCGUAAGAAGGAAGAACCAAGCAAAAACUCCCAGCAAUCAAAUCAUUUACCAAAAUAUGAAAGAGUAAAGGAAUUGUGUCAGCAAGCAAGGUACCAGACAGCUUGUGAACAACCUGGCCAGAAAUGGCAAUGUAUUGAAGAUACAUCUGGCAAACUUCGCAUUCACAAAUGUAAAGUAUCUGGUGACAUUCUUGCUAUCAGAAAGAGAACACGAAGCAUACAUUCCCAGGGAUAUAACAGCAAAGAAAAUGAAUGUGACUGCAGAGAAGCUGAUUACCGAAACAGUCGGUCCCAAAGAAAAAAUCAAAGAGCCUUUAUGCGAAACCCCAGCAUGCCAAAAUACAAACCACGGUUUGUCCAUACACGGCAGACACGUUCCUUGUCUGUGGAAUUUGAAGGGGAAAUAUAUGACAUAAACCUGGAGGAGGACUUGCAUAUCUCCCAGCCAAAGAGUAUUGUGAAGCGUCAUGGGAGUUACAGUGAGGAGGAGGAGGAGGUGGAAGAGGAACAAGAAGAACAGCAGCCACAACACUCAGAAGAUGAUGGUGGUGGUGGUGGUAGUGAAGCCAUGCUAGCUGAUGGAACCAACACAGUUGGCCAGCCAAACUCUGUCAAAGUGACUCAUAAGUGUUUUAUUCUUCCAAAUGAUUCUAUUCACUGUGAGAGGGAACUGUACCAGUCCGCCAGAGCCUGGAAAGACCACAAAGCUUACAUUGACCAAGAGAUUGAGGCUCUCCAAGAUAAAAUUAAAAAAUUAAGGGAAGUGAGAGGACAUCUGAAAAGACGAAAACCUGAUGAAUGUGAUUGUAACAAAAUGAGCUAUUACAGCAAAGAAAAAGGGGUGAAAGGUCAAGAAAAGCUGAAAACAAGUCACCUUCAUCCAUUCAAGGAAGCUGCCCAAGAGGUUGAUGGCAAACUUCAGUUAUUCAAAGAAAACCGGCGGAGAAAGAAAGAAAGGAAAGGAAAGAAGCGCCAGAAGAAAGGAGAUGAAUGCAGCCUUCCUGGACUCACUUGUUUUACUCAUGAUAACAAUCACUGGCAGACAGCACCAUUCUGGAACUUGGGAUCAUUUUGUGCUUGUACAAGCUCAAACAACAACACUUACUGGUGUUUGAGAACAGUAAAUGAAACACACAACUUCCUCUUCUGUGAAUUUGCUACGGGAUUCCUGGAGUAUUUUGAUAUGAACACUGACCCCUACCAGCUGACAAACACAGUACACACAGUAGAAAGAGGCACUUUGAAUCAACUACACAUACAGCUAAUGGAGCUACGAAGUUGUCAAGGUUAUAAACAAUGUAAUCCAAGACCUAAAGGGCUUGACACAGAGAACAGUUAUGGCAUGGAUGGGAAGGAUAAGCUGCCAAAUUUCACAGAAAAUGUCAACUGGCAAGGACUGGAAGACUUGUACAGUGUGAAUGAAAGUUUGUACGAAGCCAGAAAUGACUACAGACUUAGUCCUGAUGACUGGACAAAUUACUUGAAGGAUGUAGAUAGAAUCUUUGCACUGCUGAACAGUUACUCUGAGCAAAAUGGAAGAGCAAAGACUCCCACUGCUCAUCCUAAUUGGUACUUGGAUGAAUCAUCCACACCAUUUGCUAUGUUGGAAAUGAGCUCUGCUGAGUCAGAUGAAGGUUCAAGUUGGUUGACAACCCAAGAAUCACAGAUGAUCAUGCCAACAGAUUUUGGAGCUCUGGCUUUGAGCGCGGUUAUGUUAAGCCAGGAGAGUCAACUUGAAUCAAGUAAUGAUAUUCCUGCAAAAAAGAGUCCUAAUCCACCACACUGGAGUAGUCGCCAACCUGAAAUUUGGCUGGAGACUGAAGACCCAGCUAAUUUUGAAAUGGAUUUCAGUGGGAAUGAUUUGACAGAGCUGGAGUCCAGACAUAGCUUCAUCUUACAACCUGUUAGCAUUCUUCAGAAAAGUUCUGCCCCAGGCAAGGAAUCUAUGGAUGAUAUUUUUGAAGAACAAACUUAUCUUCCCAUAAACUCAGCUGCCAAAGUAAUUAAUCAGGCUUCAAACACAGUCAUUUUGGAGCCUAAAAUGGAGAGGGUGUUAAGCAAAAGGGAACUCUCUCUAGAAUCUUCACAGCUCCUAAAUGUGAAAGACACUGUUUUAUCACCAUUGUCCUCAAAUUAGGUUGUGUAAGCAAGUCCACAUACAUGUUUCCUUACUUAUUAAUUAUUUGACAAACAGAGGUAGCCCUGACAACUGAUAUUCCAAUUUUUAAAAAAUGAUUAUUACACUUUUAAAAAAUGAAAAUGAACCCUACAAUGUAUGUUCUACGUGCACAUGCAUAAAUUCUAGCAUUCAUAUAUCUGCAAGAGCAAGAAUUCCAAUGUUCUAAAGAAAUGGCUAAGUCAUGUCGUUUGAUAGUGUGCAAUGUGAAAUUGCUAAGUCACAUUAUAGAUGUUAUAAAAGAUUUUUCCAAAUGUGACUUAUCACAAGUGGGCUUUUCUACCCCCUCUAAACUCUUUGUUUAAUGGAUUUUUAUUAACAACUUUAACCACUGAAAUUUCAUACUUUCAAGAGUAAAAUUAUAUUGCACUUUUAUAAUCUGCGUGCCAUACCCUUUAUUCAUCUGAUAUUCUUACAUGUUCUUAGUUUUCUUAAUGGUGUGUAAUUUCCAAAACAAUAAAAUAGGUUGGUAGAGAAAGUGGUAUGAGGGAUGGAUUGUGAAAACUAAUUACCUGAACACUGAGCAGAAAAUCCUGUUUGAUUUUAAGUCUUUAUACUCAGCUUAAUUAAUGGUAAUUUUUUCCCCCAGAUAGUGCUAAUGAAAGCAUUAAUGGGAGUAAAAUGACUUCAUAUUUCAAUUACUAAGUGGUUAAAAGAUAUUAAGACUUUUCUUUUUCAGAUUUUUCUUUUGGAAAAGGAGUUACAUUUCUGCUAGUUAAGGAAAAACAUUGAUAUGGUCAGAAACUACUCAGAUUAUUCUUAGAUUUAAGAAAUAUGAACUCAGAUCCAAAGAACAGGUGCCUACACAAAUACUCUAUGUGCAGUAUUCCACAUUGCUAUAUUCACUGAAGUGUGGAACUUAUUUAUGAAAAAGAAUGUGUGGUUGAGCUACCCACAUUUUUUUUCUACACAAUGUAGCCAUGCACCUUACCUCUGUAGUAAUACAGAAUGUUGGUUUGUAGCUAUGCAUAUUAAUACAGGUUCUCUUUACAGGCAGGGAAUCUCCUAGAUGCACAUGAGAUGUACAUGUAAAAGGACCUCUCUAUUUACAUCAAAAAACGAUACUCCCCUAUAUCCCUCAGUGUUAAUGAACACUGAGGUGAGAUGGAGUAGAGCUGCUGAGUGAGAAAAUAAGAUGCAAUUAUAUUUUAAAAAGUAGUAUGCAAAUUGUUCAUUUUAAUACAAUGUCAACAAAAGUUAAUUGCUAGACUUCACCAAACAGUUUUUUAAAAAAGUUGAACAUUUGAACAAUCAAAUAACAAAAAGAACUGAACAGCGCUAUUUCUCAGCGAUCUGGUUUAUUUGAAAGUACAGCUCUUGUGUGUUAAUGCAGAUAGUGUGUUAACACACAGUUUAAGAAGUGACAUUUAAAGUUAACAUUUAAAAUUCUCGCUUGAGUGUCCCAUGGUGUUAGUUGGCAUUGAAAUAAUUUUCAAGGAAAGCUCUGUAAAUUUGUUGGAAUUAACUAGGUGUUUAUCAUGUAUGUCAUGCGCUGAAUGACGAAACAAACUUAUUUAUGGGCAUGAAUGAUGUUGUUUGUAUAUAGAUUUUACAUUAUUAGGCUAUAAACUGUGUUAAUGUAAAAUAUUCUGCAAUACUUUUAUAGAACAAUUCUGGCUUCAGGAAAGUCUAGAAGCAAUAUUUCAUGAAAUAAAGAGAUCCUG